ACUCGGCCAUUGUGACAUCAUCAAUCUGGCCAUUGUGACAUCAUCACUCUGGCCAUUGUGACAUCAUAAGCCUGGAAAAUAUCAAAGUGUACAGCUGGCACUGAGCUCAUUUCAUCGUUAGAGCUUGAAGUGAACACUACUAGUGGACACAUCAUGUAUCUUAAUAUAUCUAAAACAAUGGAUCAUCAUUUAUUUAUCUUCAUAUUCGGACUAUUUACUUUAUUUAUGCAUACCACAUCAGCAGUGAAUGUUGAACAUUUUACAUUAUUUAAAGAGAAGCUGACGCUGAAGGCACAUACAAUCAAUAUAAUUCCAUGUAUGUUUCAAACACGCGGUCAACUCAACCCACUCAAAGUCCAACUGGAAUGGGGGAAAAUGGAUUCGAAAGGUUACACGUCUCUAAUCCACCUGUACGGAGAACAUGCGACAAUGGAAUCGCCCGAUUUGAAGGAAAAAUACCACCUUUUUGAAAGCCAGGUGGCAAAAGGGAUCUGCUCUCUGGUGAUUAAUCCCACAGAGAUGACAGACAGUGGCACUUAUCAGGUCCGGCUGAAAAUUUUAGGAAAGUUGUACGAGCCGGUUCCAUCUAUAGAAAUUCAGGUUGAGAAUCAAGUUGAGAAUAAAGACACAGAUGAGUCGCAGAGAGGGUUCUGGUCAAAGUCUCAAACAACGACUGUGCCCCCAACGACCACUACUGCAUCAACAGCCACAGCCGCAGCCACUGUCUCUUUUCAAGAUGCCAUCCUAGAAUAUAUUAAUUCAAGUGCUAAAGGGGAGACUAUACAUACUGUAAUACUUGGAGCGCUCCUUGUUAUAGGCAUAGUACUCUUACUAAUAGCAGUCAAACUAUGUACUAACGGAAGGCAAAAAAACCCUGAUAGUGAUGAAGAAAACCCACCAGAUAAUACUUCAAAGAAAGGGAAAGAUAAAAAGAAGAAGAAAAAAGAAAAAAGUGAGUCAGAAAAGUCUUCCAACGAGAGUGAGGAAAGCACAUCUACUGUAUCAGAAGAGAGUGAAAGUGACUAGAACAGGAGUGACUGGGCAUCAUUACAAGAAUAUGAUGAGAACAAAGAGAAUUUCGAAGCUUCGUUGGACAAGAAUGACUUCUUGAUAGGAGAAUAAAACCUAAAAUUGAAAGACGCUGCUUUAAUUGGAGGCAGGAAGGACCUUUGUCUCUUUUCAGCCUCAUCUCCAAUGUCACUAUGGAAUGAAAUUCUAAUCGGUAAAUUCUGUCAUUUUCAGAAAAAAUAUUUUCAAUAAAACCUAAAUAUUAUAAUUUC